GAAACGUCAAAGCGUUGAGGUUUUUAGAAAGAAAAUAUUUAAUUUUAAUGCAGGAUGAUUGUGAAUUAUUUUCUAGUCAUAUUGUGCAUAUUUACAGUUGAAACAAAUGCCGGAACGAUCGAUUGUAAGACGAUUGAUAGUCAAAAGUUCAAAGAGUUAUUUAAAUUUGAUUACGACGGUGGAUCGCUCGGAUUGAAACUUAAUAUUGGAUUAAUAGGAAACUCAAACAAAUUUAAAGUUCAGAACUGCAAUUUUGAGUUGUCAAAUACUAAAACGGCUGUUUAUGGAAAAAGUAAUUUUAGAAAUCAACUGAAAGACAAGUUGAGUGGACUGACGUCAUGUACGAAGUUUAAAGUCAAGUUUAUGGUCAAGAAUUUAGCGACAAGUAAGAGUUGGGAAUAUGAGAAUUUUGUGUCUACAAAACCGGACGCAAAAACAAAGAUUGAGCUUACAGUUGGGGAGAUAUUUGAGGACUAUGCUGAAUUUUCAUGGACAUCAACAACUGCUGACUGUUUAGAAACUUACCAUGCAAUCCUUAAAGACAGCACCGAUAGAGAAAUCCAGAACAUCACAAUAUCACCAACUGUAAAGACCUUCACAUUUCAUAAUUUAGAGCCCAGAAAGUCAUACACAGCUGUGAUCGAUGCACAGCAUGAGAAAGGCUCAAAAAUAUCAUCAAACGAGCAAAAAAUUAAAAUGAAGUCAUCUGAAAACUACAUUGACAAUCUCGAAGUCAUAUUAAAUGUUCAAAAUGUCACAACAAAUACUGCACAACUCAUGUGGGACUUGACGGAUAAGAUUGACUCAACCGUCACAUACAAUUUAGAGAUUUUCGAUCAAACUGGAACCAACAAAAUUUUUAAUGGGGUUCUUGCAAAUAAUUCAGUGAUUUUAAAGAAUUUACAGGCAUGCAUGGAAUAUAAUGCAAAAAUUACGAUUAUAGAGUUCUCAAAAUCAUCAGAACGGACAUUUGAGACGCGCAUGGCACAGCCUGGAAAUGUCACAAAAAUUUCUUAUCAAGCAAAUCAAACGCACUCGAUAAUUUCAUGGAUACCGCCAAAUAUAAAUCCAACUUGUGUCAAAAACUAUACAAUUAAGUUUGGAUAUUUGAAAGACGAGAACGCGACAGUCCAACACACGGUGCCUAAAGAUCAUCUAUCCAAAGUAUUUGACAGACUUAAGUAUUCAACGAAAAUCUACAUACACGUAUAUGCUAAUUUAGACACGUCUGUAAACGCCACGAGGGCUUCGAAUAUUAAGGUAUUUGAAAAUUUUAAUAUUGACAACUUUGUGGUGAAAACGAUUCAAGAAUUUCGAUUGAGUGCUGCGGAAAUGCAAUUGUCAUGGGGUUUCGAUACAUCAUUCAUUGACGGCGAUGUUUUGGACUAUUUUGAAGUAUUCUUUGAUGGCAAUGCAAUAAAAACAAAAAAACGAUUGCUCAAUUUAAAUAUCAUUGCAUGUAAGACAAAUUAUUCAAUUGCGAUCAGAUGUGCAUCGAAAGCCGGAAGUGUUGGCCCAAAUGUCACUUAUCAUACGAACUUAAAUGACAAAGAAGUGCAAUUAUCUAUCAUAAAUGCAACAGACAUUAAUGUUCAUCAAAAUAAUGAGUCAUUGUUGAUUGAGUGGACGCCUAAUGUGUACGAGGCGUCAUGUAUUGACUAUUUUGAAAUUAAAUUUGCUGAUGAAGUCUUCAAAACGAAUGUGCCAAAAAUGGAGAUCAAUAAAUUCGAUUCGUGUAUGCUAUAUCAGGUAUUAAUAACACCUAUAUCAAUUGAAAGUGGAACGAAAGGUGAAACGACGCACUAUGAAUUCGAGACUAGUGUUCUAGCCCCAACCAAACCAUCAAAACCCCAGCUCAUCAAUGCCGGAAAUCGUGAGCUGACCAUCUCAUCCUCAAUAUCAGACAACGAUAAGCGAUGCGUCACAAUGACAUCGACAUUUAUUGAGUUUACAUGCAACAAUAUAAUCGUCGAAGAAAAAAUCACAAGAAGUCAAUCGCAAUAUUCUAUGAAAAUUCCUCAUCUCCAUCCAAACACAAAGUACGAGUGCAUUGCAAAAGUGAAAAACUUGAAUGGAACUUCCGAGAAAAGUGAAGCAACUGUUUUUGAAACACUGCAAGAUUCGCCACAACCACCAGUAGAAAUUAGAGCAUUAGUCGGCAGCGAUAAUAAAGUUGAAGUGAUGUGGAUGGAAAAUAAUUCAACUGGAUUUGCGGACUAUUAUCAAGUUCAUGUGACAUUUGAGAAGUUUUUGUAUGAUUUUGGGAAAAAUUGUGAUAAGAAAAUCAGAAAUGUGACAAAAUUAGAAGCUUCUGAGACUAAAGCAGAGUUGACUGAACUUUUUCCAUUUUCUCAAUACAAAGUCAAAAUUAAAGCAUCAAAUCGAUACGGCAAGAGUAAUUACAGUGAGAGUAUAGAGUUCAGUACCAAUCCAUCAAGUCCAACAAAGCCUAGAAAUGUCACAGCUGACAUUAAGUUUCAUGAAAAUUCUUCAAUUUCUGCAAUUCUCUCAUGGGAAUCGCCAUGCAUGAUGAAUGGAAAAUUCUCACUCUACACAAUUACUGUUAAUGGACACCGAAAAGGAGUUGCUAGUGACAAAAGAACAGAAGCUAGUUCAACAACUACAUUUGAGUUAUUUAAUCUAUCACAAGGAUUCGAGUAUGACAUUGAAAUUCAAGCUGUAAAUCAAAAUUCUGGAAGUUCUACGAUUUAUGGGAAAGUUGCGAAGCAUUCAUUUGUGACACCAUCUGGAAUUCCGCUAGAAGACGACCUUAAAAAUUGGACCGAAUUUGGGAGUCAACCUGACAAAUACCCACCAAGCAACAUCUACAUCUUUCUCAAACGCCGAAUGUUCGUCUCAAAAGUUGGAAACAUUACAGGAAUCUCGUUCUUAAUAUUCUUAAAUGACUGCCUUGACCUCCCCCAACCGACUUUUGGUUAUCUUUUGUCUGAAAAUAUUUUACUGCCUCCAGCAGAGCAAAAUUUAAAUUGUUCGCUAUUAUAUCAGCAGACUAAGAUGCUUCCAAAUCCUGUUGUGUACGAAGAUUGGAUUAAAAAGCCAGAGGAACUGGAAUUGUUUAAAGUUCAAUUUGUUCUCGGUGAUGAAGACUGCAUAGAAUCUGAUGAAAUUUGCAAUAUACCACUUAACUGCUUCAACUGUACUUAUGGAUUAAUGGCAAGAGUCUAUACUAAUACUGGAUAUAGAGAUACUCAGCCUGUUUACUUCGAGACUAGACCAAGCACAUCUUAUGUAAAUUUACAAACAUUUCUUGUCGUUGGCGGAUCAUUUUUCGGAGUUCUGAUACUGUCUCUCACUGUCUGCAUGAUCUGCUGCAUGAAUAUGAGGAAAAAUAAGCAAAAGCUGAAGAAAAAGAAAAAACAGGCAGCAGAAGCUGAUGACAAUUUGUUAUCAUUUACAUCGUAUUGUGUGAUUGAUAAGAAUCCUACACCGAAGGUGUAUGAUCAUUUGCUGUAGAGUUUAAAGGAAGAGGAUAUUCAGCAUGAUUGCUGCGAAUUAGUCAACGAUACUCAUAAUUUAAUUUUAUUUGUGGAUUCAAAUAUGUUUAAAUUUUUUGUAGAAAUUUGUUUAUUUUUAAAGAGAGUUUUUGGAAGGUUUAAGGCAGAGUUGCGAAACUGGCACCUGUGACAGGUGAGAACCUUACAAUUCCUUGAUAAUUUAUAAGGUGUUUCUAAAAAAACCAUACAAAUUAUCAAGGAACUGAACGGUUCUCACCUGUCAAAGGUGGCCUGUUUCGCAACUCUGGUUUAAGGUAUGUGACUAAGUGACCAUACUAAAAGUAUGGUGGAUGAAGUGGUGGAUCAAGUUAAAUAUUGAUUAAUAGAAUCACUUGCUUAUGAACUGUAGCUAAGAUAGGAAAGUAUAUUGAAGUCAAUAACACUGUCAAUACUAAUGAUAAGUUUGAGUUACCUAGUGACAUCCCUGUCAGGGGUGUCGGACUGGCUACUUCCUUACCACAGCUUAACUUUGACUAAAUUGCUGUCGCUUAAGUAAAGUUACUAGCCGAACCUCCUUUUCAUUUUAAUUGACAUCCUAAAUUGAUUGCUAUUUGUCUUUCUACUCCAGUGUUGUCCAACCUGUGUGACGCGGCACUAUAGUGUGGCAGGGUAUCCCACGAACCGUAUGCUAUGUACGGUUUCGAUCAUUGCUUACCACCAAGGUGUGCCAUUGCAUAAAAAAGGUUGCACACCACUGCUCUACUUAAUAGUUUUAAUUCAGACUUAAAUGAUUAUUUUUUUGUAACUUUACUAAGCAUUUGAAAAAUUCCUCGAAUCCUUAUAAUUUAUUUUAAAUAAAAUUCAUAUCAUUAAGUGCAUUUGUUAAUCCAAAAAGGCAUGGACCAUACCAAAAACCAUUUAUUGUAUAUGUUAGAUAGACAUAGAUCGAAAAAAGAAUCAAAAGCAUUUAAAUAUGGCAUAGUGACUGUAAGUGUAUUAAGUACUUAUUAUAAAGAAUAAAGAACUUCAUUUUAUAAAUAGCAAAAAAAAAAGUUUCGGACGGAUUUAUUUGAUGUAUUUGACACUUUCGUACAUAAAAACGGAAGCUGCAAAAAAGGGGUUUAAUUGAAGCAAUAAUAAAAUGCCGACUUUUAUUUAUUCCUAAUCCUUUUGAUUUCACCUCCAC